CACUGUGGCUGCAAAGAGAAGUAGUCAAGUAGUGCAGACAAAUAGCAUUUUGGGCUGUAGGCAACUCAAACAUCCACCAUAAACUUGCGGCCCAAUGCGCCAUUGUCGCUCUCGCACAGCCAAGCUGCUAUUACUAGCAUGCUGCGUGUUGGUCGUCUCCAACGCUGCGCAUGCGUCGGGGUGGGGACGGCUGAGCAAGAUUGGCUCCUGGCUGCAACCUCAGUCCAAGCGAGCGCCAGACGUCUUGUCAGGAUAUGCGCGUUAUGAUGAGGCAUCUGGGACACUUACCUUCGUUAAAGGGCUGGCCGGCGGCCCUCGCGACGACGCCCCCGCACACGGUUCCUUCUCCGACCCUCUGCGCCACGUCAGCAACUUCGGGCAGCUGCGGGUGGCCACCAACCCCGCCUUCCCGGACACCCUGCAGAUGCAGGCGGCGGGAUUCGUGGAGGGAUACCUAACGGCAGAGCGCAUCUUCGACUACGCCUACAAUAUGCGCGGGUGGCUGGCUGAGCAAACCAACGACACAUUCAAGAUUGGGGACUGGCUGUUCGCUCAGGACCAAUGGGCUCGCCAGCAAGUCAGGGCGCAUGCAGCUGACAACACCUCCUCCUCUGCCUCCUCCACCUCCUCCUCCACCACCACCUCCUCCACCUCCGACCCCCCCUCCCCCGCCUUCUGGCCCACCGUGGGUCUCCUCCUCGCGCAGCUGGAUGGGCUGCAAGCGGGCUACAGCGCCCGAUUGGCGGAGCAGGGACAGGGGC